CUGAGACUGCGGGGUGGGGGCGGGGUCGCAGCCCUCACACUGGCGGACUGGAAACCGCCUGACCGCGGCUGGGGAAUAGAAGGGCUGGGGUUGGAUGGAGGAUAAGGGAUGUUGAGGAUCUGUGGGGUAGGCCUAGAGGAAGUAGAGAGAAUGAGGGCGAAUCGAGAGGACGUGAGAGUGCAGGAGAACUAUUGGAAAGUUAGGGACAGUAUCUGGGAGAGUAGAGAAGGCCCAGCCUGGAAUGCGUUUUUCUGUGGUGUUGUUGGGAAGGAAAAGGAAGAACACUGACAUUUAUUGAGCGUCUGCUAUUGGAUCAAUCUUCCUGUCCUAAAUCUGACUAAAGAUCCCCUGAAAACCCCUGGGAGGCUGGACCAUGGCACAAGAACUGCUUUCAUCCAUCAUCGGGAGCAAGUGUGGAAGAGAUGCAUCAAUAUUUGGCGUGAUAUGGGCCUAUUUGGGGUGCUGAAUGAAAUUGCAAACUCGGAGGAGGAGGUGUUUGAGUGGGUGAAAACUGCUUCCAGCUGGGCUGUGGCACUCUGUCAAUGGGCCUCCUCCCUCCAUGGGUCCCUGUUCCCCCAUUUGUCGCUCAGGAGUGAAGAUCUGAUUGCUGAAUUUGCUCAAGUUACAAACUGGUCCAGCUGCUGCUUGCGGGUCUUUGCAUGGCAUCCCCAUACCAACAAGUUUGCAGUGGCCCUGCUAGAUGACUCCAUCCGUGUGUAUAAUGCCAACAGCACUAUAGUCCCCUCUCUGAAGCACCGGUUGCAGAGAAAUGUGGCAGCUCUGGCCUGGAAGCCCCUUAGUGCCUCUGUCUUGGCUGUGGCCUGCCAAAGCUGCAUUCUCAUCUGGACCCUGGACCCCACCUCCUUGUCUACCAGACCCUCUUCUGGCUGUGCCCAAGUGCUCUCUCAUGCUGGACACACACCUGUCACUAGCUUGGCCUGGGCCCCCAGUGGGGGGCGGCUGCUCUCAGCUUCACCUGUGGAUGCUGCUAUCCUGGUAUGGGAUGUCUCAACAGAGACCUGUGUUCCCCUUCCCUGGUUUCGGGGAGGAGGGGUUACCAACCUUCUCUGGUCCCCGGAUGGCAGCAAAGUCCUGGCAACCACUCCUUCAGCUGUAUUUCGAGUCUGGGAGGCCCAGAUGUGGACGUGCGAGAGGUGGCCUACGCUAUCAGGGCGAUGUCAGACUGGCUGCUGGAGCCCAGAUGGAAACCGGCUGUUAUUCACUGUAUUAGGGGAACCACUGAUUUACUCCUUGUCAUUCCCGGAACGUUGUGGUGAGGGAAAGGGGCGCGUUGGAGGUGCAAAAUCAGCAACGAUUGUGGCAGAUCUGUCUGAGACAACAUUACACACCCCAGAUGGAGAAGAAAGACUUGGGGGAGAGGCUCAUUCCAUGGUUUGGGACCCCAGCGGGGAGCGUCUGGCUGUGCUCAUGAAAGGAAAUCCACGAGUCCAGAAUGGUAAGCCAGUCAUCCUCCUUUUUCGUACUCGAAACAGCCCUCUGUUUGAGCUACUUCCUUGUGGCAUUAUCCAGGGGGAGCCAGGAGCCCAGGCCCAGCUCAUCACUUUUCAUCCUUCCUUUAACAAAGGGGCUCUGCUUAGUGUGUGCUGGUCCACAGGCCGAAUUGCCCACAUCCCUCUGUACUUUGUCAAUGCCCAGUUUCCACGUUUUAGCCCAGUGCUUGGCCGAACCCAAGAGCCCCCAGCUGGGGGCGGAGGUUCUGUUCAUGAUCUGCCCCUCUUUACAGAGACAUCCCCAAUCUCUGCUCCUUGGGACCCUCUGCCAGGGCCACCGCCUGCUUCCCACUUCUAAUAAUAAAAAAUUUCCUUCUUUGUUUUCCACUCAA